UACGUCACACGUCGUUUAUGUAAAUGGUUUGAUUGAAGAAAGAGAAAGAAAAAAUACAGGGGGCCCUGAGCUCUACUCUGAAAUGGAGGUGUGGAUGUGACGCAUGCGCACUGGCUUCACAACUAUCCAGUCCCGUCCUCAAGCGCAGACAUCAACAAGAGAGCGGGUUUACUGAUGCGGGUUCUUUCUCCUAAUACUUAAUCGUUACGACGCUCUUCAAGGAUACUUGCCUUGUUUCAGCUUCACCAAACUUCCAACAAGAUGUUUGGCUUUCAUAAGCCCAAAAUGUACCGUAGUUUGGAUGGUUGCUGCAUCUGCCGGGCCAAGUCUUCCAGCUCCCGGUUCACAGACAGCAAACGGUACGAGAAGGACUUCAGGAGCUGUUUUAGCCUGAGUGAAACCAGAUCUGGAGAGAUUUGUAACGCCUGCGUCCUCCUUGUGAAACGAUGGAAAAAGCUACCAGUGGGAACCAAGAAAAACUGGAACCAUGUUGUUGAUGCCAGAGGAGGACCCAGCCUAAAGAUUACAUCCAGGCCCAAGAAAAUCAAAACCAUCUCCAAGAAAGCUCGGCCGAGCCAGAUCAGCAGGCUGCAGAAGGAGCUCAAAAGAAACAAUUCAGAUGCCCACAGCACAACCUCCAGUGCCUCUCCAGCUCAGUCUCCCAAUUACAGCCACCUGUCAGACGAUGGCUCCGACACCGAGCUGAACCCGGGGUCCAGUCGCUCCCCUGUCUUCUCCUUUCUGGAUCUCACUUAUUGGAAGAGGCAAAAGGUGUGCUGCGGAAUAAUCUACAAGGGCCGCUUUGGGGAAGUGCUCAUCGACCCCCAUUUGUUCAAACCCUGCUGCCGCAACAAACAGCGACAGCAGCAGCAGCAACAGCAACAAGAGGAGGAGGAAGACGAGGAGGAGGAGGAGGAGGAGGUCGAGGUAGAGGAGGGUCAAGUGGGGGUGGAUAAAUCCCAUGUGGAGGAGGAGGUGGUGAAUGAGACGCCUACGGGUGUGGAAAAUGCAGCGCCUGCUAAGCUAUGUGUGACAGCACCUUCAGCCAGCAGUGGGGAGGUGAUGGAGGAAGGCUGGUGAAGUACAGACGCCCCCUUUUCCUCCAUUUGGCAACAUUCUGAAGAAAUCUCGGGAUGGAUUUUUAUUUUUUAUUAUUUGUUUCGUUUUUUUCUCGAGCAGUUACAGAAAGGAGUUGCCUCAGAUUGCCUUCAAUCAAAAAGCAGCUAAAACAUCUUUGGUCUUCUCCAUGAUAACGUUGGAGGAUUGUUUAUUAUUAUGGUAACUGUAACUUAUGGACUUUUAUAUUCUUUCUGUAUUUUUAGUUGUAUUUGAUAUUUUUAACCAUGCUGAUGGUGGACCAUCAUCUGUGGUGUUAUUGAUCUACUUUAGAUGAAAUGCUGGAGCUCCGGUUUUCUGGUACAUUUAGCAGAUUUUAUUCCAAAUCGCAAUACAUCUGCUUAUUUACAAAAAAAAAAGGUGCUACUUAAACUUUAUGACUCAACAUUUGUAACAUUUGAACCCAUUCUCACUGUGGAUCUUCUCAGCUUACAUAUUUAUGCCUGAUACAGGCGCAUCUCAAUGAACUAGAAUAUCAACGAAAAGGUAAAUUGUUUUUUAGCAAAUAAACUCAAAAAGAGAAACUUG